GAUGCUGCCGUUCGCGAAGCCGGUUCAUAAACUCAAGUUCAGGGCGUAAAAUCUCAUUAACGUUUCGCACUUGUCUCGUGGCUGGUGUGCUUCCGAGCGGCGGCCGAGUAGUAUUUCACUUUGUUCCUUCGAUUCGACUUUGGGACCGACUUGGACCUUUGGAGUGUUUUUCAUCCGUUGUGAUUAAAUCGUUCAACUUCCGCGUGAAAAAAGAAAAAAAGCAGGAGAACAGAGAUUGCAGUGUGUCACUCCGGUUGGUACUCGGACAACCUUCUGUGGUGAGCGCACGGAGAAGUCCAACCGGAUGUACGGGAAAAAUUGACGAGGCGGUGAAGAUAUAGUUUUUUACUGGCUGGCAGCUGUUUCCUCGGGACGGUGGGAAGAUAUUUGCAUUUAGUCUUAGGAAUGAUUAAAAAAGUACGAUAGUGCAAAAAAUGAAGAAAAGUUGUGCCAUUCGCCGAGGAUCGUUUUUCAGCAAGUUGGGAAAAAGUGAAAUUGAAAUAGGGGAGUGUUUCGGUCUGUCCUCCCAUGUUUGCCACUGCUGCUGGUGGUAAUUACCCGUUGCCGUAUGGAACAGGGACUGUUUGCGGUUCAGUUGAAUUAUCAAACGGAGUGUGACUGUGCUAAUGUGUAGAAGUUGUGCUAUCUUCUAGGCAGCAGAAAUCCGGAAAGGGGAACCAAUUCAAUCAAAUAAUUGCAUUUAGCAAAUGGUGUGGAGCAGAAAGUGAUCUCACGUUUAUGGUGCGAAAGGGGGUUAGCAGUGUUCGUUGGCUCAUUUACGGUAGCAAAUUUUGAACUUAUUAUUUAGCAGAUCGUCAUGGUUGGACGCCAAAUUUCCGGCGAACACCGCGUUUGUUUAAUAUGUGUAUUUUAAAAACAAAGGGAUACAGUUGGCAACCCUGCAGCGAAGACAAACUUGAACAUACCCGGAGAAUUCCCCUCACGUUUAAUAAGGUUGACCCAAAAAGGGGACGAGAGAUUAGGUUACACUUCCUUUUUCCGACCAAACCCUGAAAUUGUUCAACCGAGGCUGAAACAGAAGUAAACGUCCGUUUCCUUUGAAGAAAUUCCUGACGCUAUCCGUGUCCUAAUCGCGGAAGGAAAGCAACAGUAACUUUAACGAUAGCAGCUGAACUCGGGCUGGAGCAGAUCGGUGCCACUGUCCGGUGGCAGUAGGGUGGAUUACCCGCGUGGCGUUGGAAGGAAAAGGACACCCACACACACUUCAUAAUAGCCAAUUGCUGACGACGACGAGGACGACGACGACGGCGCUGGGAACCGGAACCAUGCGGACAGCUGAAAAAUGAUUCCUCAUCGUUUUUUUCCCGUGAAUGAUGUUGAGACGGCCAGGGCAGCACUGGAAUCAAUUGAACUUUCAUCAGUGUGAACGUGUGGCAUAAAGUUUCCUGUUUGUUUGAGCAUUGCUGAAGAAAAAAAUAAUAAACGAGUGUUUUGUUGACGCAGGAACGUAUGCAGGAUACUGAACGGAGAGUUCCAUGCAUGGGAGAUUUAUUUUAAAUUUUGACAACGUUUCGACGCGUGAUAAUCGAGUCCUGAUAACGAGAAACAGAGCAUAAGUAUAGACAUGGAUAGCAAUCUGACGUACUUCCUGAACGGUGGAGGUUUGUUCGGUGAGAAUGCCUCAUUGGAUGAGUAUGGAUUGGACGGAACGGUCGCAGGGAUGAAUGGAAGUUGGUUGCGUGCCAAUUUCACGUGCCAUACAGAUAUGCCAACCACGUAUACAUUGUUCAUGGUUUUGUACGCCGUCGUUUGUUUGGUGGGAGUGAUGGGAAAUACUUUGGUGAUUUACGUGGUGCUGCGCUUUUCCAAUAUGCAAACGGUGACCAACAUGUACAUUUUGAACCUGGCAAUUGCAGACGAGUGCUUCCUGAUCGGCAUCCCCUUUCUAAUCGCAACAAUGCACAUGGAACGCUGGGUAUUCGGGGGAGCAAUGUGCAAGGUGUAUAUGGUCAGCACAUCGAUUACGCAAUUUACUUCGUCAAUAUUUCUGUUCAUCAUGUCCGCCGACCGAUACAUCGCUAUUUGUCACCAUAUAUCAUCGCCGAAAUAUCGCACACCGCUGGUAUCUCGUGUGGUAUCCGUUUUGGCGUGGGUCGCAUCCGCUUUGAUUAUGCUGCCAAUACUUAUAUACGGUGACAUCGUAGAGCUUAAACCCAACUACUACUCGUGUCAAAUUGUGUGGCCCGAAUCGCAUAACCACCUGCCCGGAUACACCUUCACGCUGUACUCGCUCAUAUUGGGGUUUGUUAUCCCACUUUGCUUCAUAAUGACAUUCUACUGUCUCGUCAUCAGAAAACUGCGAAACGUUGGCCCGAAAACUACCAAUAAAUCACGCGGGAAACGACGCUCCCACAGGAAGGUAACCAAACUUGUGCUGACAGUUAUUACGGUUUACAUCCUCUGUUGGCUUCCCUACUGGAUAUCCCAAGUGGCACUUAUUACGUCUCCCUACGGGUCGUGCAGCACCCGUCUGGAUAUCAUACUAUUUCUGUUGGUUGGCUGCUUGGGAUACAUCAACUCGGCCAUCAAUCCGAUUCUGUACGCGUACCUUAGUGAAAAUUUCAAGAAAAGCUUCCUCAAAGCCUGCACAUGUGCCGCUCGAGCCGAAGUCAACGCUCAGCUGAAGCUGGAAAACAGCGUCAUGCCAAAACGCUCGCGAACACGCAACAACUCGGACACAACACAACUGACGAUAACGAAGGUUCAACACCGGCUGAUGAUCGAUCCGACCACAACGGGUACUACGACAACGACCGCGGCCUCCAAUGUGUCCUCGCGGAAUCCCAGCCCACCUGUUCAAAGGAGCUUAUUGAAUAGUAAUAGCACUAAUAAUAAUAACAACAACCACAACAAACCCGUUAGUAGUAAUAGUGGGAACAAUACGAAGAAUUGUAACAACGAAAAUCGGGCGCCAGCUGCGGCCACCACUGAAAGCAACAGCAUCAAAACUAGCAACUCGACGGCAUCCAAUGCCAACAACAACAACAACAACAACAACAGUAGUGUAGGUGAAUUAGUGCAAUUGUCUUAAAUCAAAUAUACGAUAAAUUUUCGCUGUUAUACAGAACCACAACUAUGUUUAGGGAAAUCAAUUUGUAUUAUAAUGUGUCAUCAUGCUGUCGGCAACCAAAGUGAUAAACGAUGUGCUGUAAAUAAAUUCGAAUUUAUCAUUGAAAAUAAAUCUAGGUAAGCUAUUUUGAAGCCUGACGGAACGCGUGAGCGCUCGGGAAGUAAAUUCGUAAAAUCGAAGAA